GCCAGUGACUGGGACACACCCAGGCCAAAAGCCGAAGCCCAAAAACCAAAAACUCGACUCAAAACAAACAAAUCGACAGACCGAGGACAGACAAGACGUGCGCGCUGCGAAACUUUGAUUGACAUUUCAAUUAAAUUAUAGCCAAAGUCGUCGGCAAAGUCAUUGCAAUUGCUGCUGACAAGAUGUUUCGAGUGCAAAAAGUUUUACUCACCGAAUACCAAGAGAUCUAUGAGUCGGUGAUGGUGGAAAGCCCCUUCACGCUGGUCGAUGCACACGGAGUGGGUCUGCGCCAAUACCAAAUCGCUCUAACUGGCACCAAGCUGCUCUUCGGCAGCGACAACUUCGACCGAGACGACGAUCACUUCGGCGAGCCCAAUUGCUAUUGCCUUCUGGGCCAGGAUCCGGAGAUCGAGUGCUUCGAUCUGAUCAGCAUGGUGCCGCUCGAGUACAUUCGCUUCAAUUUCUAUCGCAAGCGUGAGCGCUGCCUCAUGAUGCUCAGCGUGCAGCCGAUUGAGCCACAACUUAAAGCUGAGCGUCCCAUGAUCUUUGAGUUUGGCGGCCACAUACACAAGCAGUACUUCUGGCACACCUGGCGCGAGCGAGUCUCGGCCAUACGCAGCUAUCAGUCCCGCUUCAGCCAGAUCACCGGCGCUUCGCCCUUCUCCAGCACCGAUGUGCAGGUGGACGAGGUGCAGCAUCACGUGCUGGUGCAUGUGUCCCAUCGACCGCGAUCCAUCUACAGCGUGUGCUACAGCUCAGCGGGUGGUGCCUAGGUUCAAAAAGCUAUGAACUCUUAUACACACACCCACACACACACAUUCAUUGCAUGCAUAUUUUAUAUAGCUGGCUAAGCCGGCUAGCCGACAGCCCUUAGCAGCUGCUGCCCGCCGUUACCAAUUUGUUGGCAGCGCAGUUGGCCAACUACUUCGCAGGCGUUUAUUUAUUUAUGGUAGAAAAGAACCAAAAAGUAGCCUGCUGCUCUCAAGACGCGUGAAA